CCCCCGAUUCACUCACUCAUCGGGGUCCCUUCUACUUUGUGUUGUCUUUCUCCCACUCUCUCUCUGUCUCUGUCUUUGACUGGCUCUGGAGUGAAGCAGCCUCAGAGGUGUCUGACACCCUCCAGCGCAGCCAAGGGCACCGCUUCAGUGAUGCUGCCCCUCUCCAACGGUUUACAACAAUAGUUUGCCCUUUGGAAAGUGCCUGAACUGCCUUUGCACACUAAUCUAAAUCUUUUUUUUCCCAAGGAAAGAAAAGUACAGGAGCGCUCUGUGCUUUUACGCAUGGAAGUUGGAAUCAGUCUCACCACCUUUACGCAUGGCUGUGUGUCGUCUCUGCGGAAGAUGCUGCCGGGCUUAUGAGAGCGACUCAGGGCGUCAAAAGCGGAGUACAAAUUGAGCAACGAUGCGGGGCACUGAACUGCUGCUCGGCUACUUUCUGGUGAAAGUUAUGGUGUGCGACGCGGAGGGCGAGCCGGGUCAGACCGUCGACGACUUCAUGCUAGUGACCGGGUUUAACGACUCGGAGAGCGCAGUCACGGAGAGCCCGCACAUGGAGGACAAGUGCCGCGGCUACUACGACGUGAUGGGCCAGUGGGACCCGCCGUUCGUGUGCAGGACGGGCAGCUACCUGUACUGCUGCGGCACCUGUGGCUUCAGGUUCUGCUGCGCGUUUAAAAGCUCCAGGCUGGACCAGACCACCUGUAAGAACUACGACACCCCGCCGUGGAUGAUGACGGGCAAACCUCCGCCGAAAGUGGACGUGGCGCUGGAAAACGCGAAGGAUAAAACAAACCUCAUUGUGUAUGUCAUAUGCGGGGUCGUGGCCAUAAUGGCACUGAUAGGAAUUUUCACCAAGCUUGGUUUGGAAAAGUCGCACCGUCCGCACAGAGAGAACAUGUCAAGGGCUCUUGCACACGUGAUCCGCCACCCGGCUUCAGAACAUACGGACGACAUCGGACUUGGCCAGCACUAUGAGAACAUACAAACCAGAGUCACAGUCAACAGUCUCCAUAGCAACCAGAUGAACAAUGUGGUUCAAACAUCAACUCUGAUAACUCAGCCCUACCCGGCUGUGGGACAUCUCACCAGCCCCUAUGAACAACAGAAGCCUGUCAAGGAUCUCAACAAGUAUGCCACACUCAAGGCUGUGGCAGAGAAAGCUAACGACAGCUUCUACAGCACCCGACGGCAAGUGAUCGAGAUGACAGCCAAGGGCAGCCUUCCCAUGGAAGCUGUGGAUAUGGAGCCAGAGCCGAGCAAUCCUUACAGCCCACCCAGACAGCUGUCUGCAAAGCAGAAUGGACACAAAUACAAAAGCCCCAAGAGCCACAGCUCCCAGUCGCUGUCCUACGGCUCCAGCACUGCUGCCAGCCCGGGAGUGCUAAGAUCCUGGGACAGCAAGGACACGCUCGGACUCCGACAGAGCUAUGGCCCAAAGAAACUCUGUAUCAUAGAGAAGGAGCUGCACACCACGCGUUACUUGCCCCCACAGCCAUACUUUGUCACCAACAGCAAGACAGAAGUGACAGUAUGAGUGACUGUCUAAACAUCAGGAGUCUGCAUUUAAGAAAAACAGUAACUGCUGACUGAGGGUGGUUUUGCAAGAGAGCAGCACAGACUGCUGUAUGCGCAGUUGUUGUGCAUGUAAUGGGCAGCAUUAAGGACACCACCUAAAGGUGAAGUGUGCCGUAACAAGACUCGGUACCAGUCAGUGUGUCUCAGGAGGGCACAGUGAUGAAUAUACUGUCAUCAAUAUUCAUAUAAUCCAAGUGCUAAAACAAAACAAAAGCUAAAUAAAUCAUAUAUAUGAGUGAUGAGACAUGUGACACAUACAGUACAGUUGUCAAUAUUCACUAAGGAUAUCAAAGGACCUAAAAAUUAGAGUAUGUAUUGUAAUUUUUAUUAAAUUAACAGCAUCUAAAUAAGAAAAUAUUUCUUAUUUACUGUAUUUAAUCAGGGCUGAGUAGUCUAGGGUUAAUUGGGUAUUGAUGAAAUGGCUUCACUGGACAAUUUAUAGAUACUGUUUGAAAAUGACUGGCACUGCUUACAUGAUGAAGAAUAAAAAUGAAUGCACUAAUUCAAUAAGUGCAAUGUCCAAAAUUAAAUUUUUGGCUUGGAUUGGUCCAAAUUCUAGCUUCUUUUUUUUUUUUAGUAGUUUUCAGUGUGUUAUACUAGUGACUGUUAAUGAGUAAGAAAACAGUUAAAUGAGGCUAUCUAACAUUUUGGGAGCUCACAGUGAAUUUUUAGAAUUUUCUUUUUUUACUUCAUUAUCCAAAUGAUUCACACCCUAAGCUUUACUGUGUUCUUAAUAUGAACCCUCCAAAAAUAUUACUGACAUUUGUACUGUCCUCCAGAAUGUGUAAAAAAGCAGAGCACUUUGAGACAUUGUCCAAAAGUAAGUUAUUCAGCUUCAUUCAGUCAGAAUUCCUAAAAUAUAGAGAGUUCAGUCCGUGAAAGUGUUAACUGUUGACUUAAAUGACUUAAGAUCCAUUUAAACUUUGUGAAUGUAUGGUCACUUUAGAUGUCUCAUUUUGAAGGGAAAAACUUGCAAAUGCAUUCAAACCAAGCCACUGCCAAACAGACAUCCUACUGAUAACAUACAUUUCUGUGAUAACUAGGAGAAGUAGCAACAGAUUGUUGAACCAGUGUUGUAUUGGUGUAAUAGUGCCUCUCAUCAGUACCAGCAUGUGUGUGAUUAUCCUAGAAUAUACUGUAGAUGAAGCCCCAGUAAUAGAAUGGUGAUGGGUCUUAUGCUUAGUAGUCAAUUAUGCCCCCAACAAAAGUCAUUUUGAGUGUGAAGAUGGUGGCUCACAGUUUGCAUCAGUGUACGUAGUUUAAGUGAUUUUAAUCCCAAACCUCACAUUUAAUGAAUGUAUCUGGUCUGAACAGGCCUAAAUGUGCUAGCAGUUGACAUGUCUAUUUCUGAAGGUUAUCGGUUCAUGAACUUUUGUCAGGAAGAAUGUAAAGAUGUUGUGAAGCUAAGUAAAGUUUGUUUUUUUAUGUCUGCUACUACAGAAAUAAAUGGGUCCUCUAAAUAAAUCUAGACAAUUUGUUGGAUGACUGCUGGGAAUCCACAAAUUUUCUCAUCCUUGUUGACGUACCAAUACUGAGAACUGACUAAAACAGGGCAUCAGGACACUAGAAUUCAUGCCACACUUGGCAAAAUGUUUUUAGUAACCAGGGUUUUCAGGUGUAGUUGAUCAUUUGUUGCACUGAUUUCCCAGCCAAGCAAUAUAAAAGGACUGCCUGCAAGUCUUACUCAUGCAGUUGAUUAUUUCAAGCUGCAGAGGACAAGGCUGUACUCAUAGCUGAGUGGGAAGUGGGAAUCACUAGUUUAAAAGGUGUAUUUAUGUCUUUUCAAGUCAAAAUCUACAAUCAAAAACAAGGGCAGAAAUGUUGCAGAUUGUUGUAUUUGGAUAGAUGUUUAUAAUAUUCUCAGACUUUCAAAACAACUGUAAGCACUAUUUUCCAAAAGAUGUAUAUCUAGUGCACCAACCUGUCCUUUCACAUAAUGAAUAAGCUGUUUUCAGUGUUUAUUUCGCAUUUAUAUGAAAUCUGCUAUCUACAUUAUUCAAAUACAAGUGAGUGUUUUUAUUUACGCAAACAAUAUUGUAUAGUCACUUGUCACUUCUUUUAUGAAUGCAAAUUAUUUUACUGAAAUCACUUUUAUUAAGCUACAGUACACCAUAUUUACACAUGAAGAUCUAGUGUAAUAAUAACUUGUAUAAUAUGUGUUUGCAUUGCAACAUCCAGUAGUGAGAAUGCAGCAGCAAUGUUAUAUUUUGGUAGAGUCUAAAGGAAUGGUCUAAUACAGUUCACUACGAUGGCUGCCAAUUCUUUGUAUCAGUGUUGGCUCAGUAUCUGAUUACUUUCUUGUUCUAAUGAAUGUUAUAAUGUGUCUUUAUAUACAUUACAAAUUUACUUUAAGAUCCCCAGUUAUACAUAUUUACAACCUCAGCAUCCUCAAUUUAUCCCGAAAAAUUACUGAGCUGAGCAUUUAAAUGUUUUCAACAUGUUGUUUGUGUCAUAAAAUAUAAUCCCCAUGUUGCCAGUGUCCUGCAAAAACCUUGAAUCUCUACAAUGCCAAUUUUGCCAUAUUGAACUAUAUGAAUUUGCAGUUGAACCAGUGAUUCAGUUUAAGUUUUUAGGUAUGUUGAAAUAGUUUCAGUGCAGUCUAGAAAAGUCCAAGGUUCAAGAAACAUUUACUUAAUGUGUAAAACCUCUAUGGCUGCCUUUUACAGUGACACAAGGUUUCUGUAAGCUAGUGCAUGCCAUGUCAUAUUCAUGUAUUAGAUAUAACAUCAGAGUGUAGCCUACCUUGAACAAAGGUUAUUGGCAAUGAGCAACUGUAGCACAAUCUUUGUUGACUUGAUUUAACAUUCCAACUGACAGGUUAAAUAUGUCAGUAAAGCUACUCCGAGGUGCAAUCAAAAACUUCCAAGACUGUUCCUGUUGGAGCACAGCACAGCAAUGUGUAUGCAGCAGGUGUGAGCUAUAACUUCUGUGACUCAGUUUUCAGUAUUAUGUCACAACAUCACCAGUGGGACCUGAGUUACAUGUGUUUUUGUGACCACUUGCCAGUGUGCAUUGCAGCUCUGUCAACGGGUCCAGGAUGACCCAACUUUCAUGUUGAGUAGCAUCCCCAUCCAGAUUUGGCCCAGUGCAACUGCUUCCCCAAAAGGAAAUUCAAGUUGAAGGGUCCCCGUUUUAACACAGAUUGCAUGUUGUAGAUGUGCUUACAGAAAGGAACUU